AUGCAAAUUUUUGUCAAGACCUUAACCGGUAAGACCAUUACCUUAGAAGUUGAAUCUUCUGACACCAUCGACAAUGUCAAGCAAAAGAUCCAAGAUAAGGAAGGUAUUCCACCUGACCAACAAAGACUUAUCUUUGCAGGUAAGCAAUUAGAAGAUGGUAGAACUUUAUCCGACUACAACAUCCAAAAGGAAUCUACCCUUCACUUGGUCUUGAGAUUGAGAGGUGGUAUCAUUGAACCAUCCUUAAAGGCUUUAGCUUCCAAGUACAACUGUGAAAAGUCCAUUUGCAGAAAGUGUUAUGCUAGAUUACCACCAAGAGCUACUAACUGUAGAAAGAGAAAGUGUGGUCACUCUAACCAAUUAAGACCAAAGAAGAAGCUUAAAUAA